AUGUGCUGCGCCCUCCACGUUAUCUCUCGUCAAAACCAGAUAGCCAAUAGGCAACGAGUACAGAACAGGCCUCCACCCACUCACUCGGCUGCUGCUCACUCACCGCCACAUGGAGUUACUGCUGGCAUUCGACUUGGAGUGAUUAGUGGGGCAUGCAAAAUGCAACAGACGUGA